AUGAUGGGAAACGUUAAUGCUGCUCUUCGUCUUCUUAGCGAAGAAUCUGAUGGUUGUGUCCUACCAUUAUCCGAGGAAGUCCUUCGAAAUCUGCAGGAGAAGCAUCCAGCCCCUGCAGAUAUACAACCAAGUAGCUUACUCCAUGGUCCCAUUAUUGACCUUCGCAAUAUAUCUUUAGCAGUUGAUGAGCAAACUAUACUAACUGCUGCGAAAACACUAAAGGGAGCUGCUGGUCCCUCUGGCCUCGACGCUACUCAGUAUAUUCGUAUGCUUUGCUCAAAGCAAUUUCACCGUGAAGGUAAAUGCCUGCGUGAACAAAUUGCUUUGUUUGCUGUGAAAAUAGCAACAGAAAGUCUGGAUCCCUUCUCCCUGGAAGCAUAUGUUGCCAAUAGACUUAUCCCCUUAGACAAGUCCCCUGGUAUACGACCCAUCGGUAUUGGUGAGAUUAUGAGGCGCUUGGUUGGGAAAGCGCUAACAAAGGAAUUCAAGCAAGAUUUCAAAGAAGCGACUGGUCCGAUUCAAGUCUGUGCUGGGCAUGAAGCUGGAGCAGAAGCAGCCAUCCAUGCUAUGCAGCAAGUAUGGGAAGAGGAAAACACGGAAGGGAUCUUACUGAUUGAUGCAAGUAAUGCAUUUAAUUCACUAAAUCGUCAAGUUGCUCUUCAUAACAUUUUGUUAUUAUGCCCAAGACCAGCGAUAUCCAUAAUUAAUACGUAUCGAAACCCCGCGAGGCUAUUUAUUGUGGGCGGAGGUGAGCUUCGAUCGCAAGAAGGCACAACACAGGGGGACCCAUUAGCCAUGCCUUUCUAUGCCAUUUCGGUCAUGGUAUUAAUUUCAUUUCUUCAUGAUGCAUAUGAUAUGGUGAAACAGGUUUGGUUUGCCGAUGACUCGACCGCAGCAGGUAAACUACGUGCUUUACUGGCGUUUUUUGAAAUGCUAAUAAGCGAAGGCGUAAAGUAUGGCUACCAUGUCAACAGUGGGAAAUCUUGGUUAGUAAUUAAAGAUCCGUGUGAUAUAGAGAGAGCCACUGAAUUAUUUAAAAGUCACGACAUCAAGAUUACAUCCGAUGGUCAUAGAUUACUGGGAGCUGUCAUUGGAUCUACUUGUUUCAGAGAGGAAUAUGUUAAUAGCAAAGUCUCUACUUGGUGUACUGAGCUCGAAAAUCUAUGCUCUAUAGCGAAGUCGCAGCCACAUGCCGCAUACGCUGCUUUUGUGCAUG